AUGGGGGAUUUUAACUCGAUGCUUGAAUGUGAUGAUAGACUUAAUGGUAAUCCAAUGACUAAUGCUGAAACUGAAGAUUUCAGAAAUAUGCUGGAUACUACUGAUUUGAUGGUGGUGAAAGGUAUAGGGGGUACCUAUACUUGGUCUAAUAAGAGAGAAGGGGUGGAUAGAAUUUUCAGUCGGAUUGAUAGAUGCCUCUGUAAUGCAACUUGGUUUGCCCAGCACACUCAUACAGUAGUGGAGAUUAAGAACCAAUCAGUGUCUGAUCAUCAUCCCCUACUGAUUCAUUUGAACCAGCAACAUCAUCAGGGUGGUAGACCAUUCAGGUUCUUUAACCAUCUUAUUGAUCAUCCUCACUUUCAUGCAAUAGUUUUAGAGGACUGGAGACAAAAGGGAGCUGCUAGCAGUCUAGAUGAUAUAUGGCUGAAGUUGAAAGAUGUUAGCAAAGCUCUCAAAAAGUUACAAAUAACUCACUAUGCUAAUGUGAGUGAGAAGAUUGGAGAGUGUAGAGAUCAACUGGACAGAAUCCAAACACAAAUCAGUAGUGAUCAUUUCAAUGCAGAGUUGCAUAGACAGGAGCAACAUUGUAUUGUUUCUCUUAAAAAAUGGCUUCAUGUUGAAGAGAGCAUAUACAAGCAGAAGUCUCGGAUUCAGUGGCUCCAAGAAGGUGACUCUAAUAGCAAAGUUUUCUUUGCUGCUAUGAAGGAAAGACAAGCAAGGAAUUCCAUUGAUGUCUUAUACACAAGCACGGGGAGAAGCUUGAUAAAGUUGCUGAUAUUCAAAAGGAAUUGA